GCGAGGGCGAGGAGAGCACCGUGCGCUUCGCCCGCAAAGGCGCCCUCCGCCAGAAGAACGUGCACGAGGUGAAGGACCACAAAUUCAUCGCCCGCUUCUUCAAGCAGCCCACCUUCUGCAGCCACUGCACCGACUUUAUCUGGGGCUUCGGGAAGCAGGGGUUCCAGUGCCAAGUCUGCUGCUUCGUGGUGCACAAGCGGUGCCAUGAAUUUGUCACCUUUUCCUGUCCUGGAGCUGACAAGGGUCCAGCCUCAGAUGACCCCCGAAGCAAACACAAGUUUAAGAUCCACACCUACUCCAGCCCCACGUUUUGCGACCACUGUGGGUCCCUGCUGUACGGACUCAUCCACCAGGGGAUGAAAUGCGACACCUGCAUGAUGAACGUGCACAAGCGCUGCGUGAUGAACGUCCCCAGCCUCUGUGGCACCGACCACACGGAGCGCCGCGGACGCAUCUACAUCCAAGCCCACAUCGAGAGGGAAAUCCUCAUUGUCGUCGUAAGAGAUGCUAAAAACCUUGUACCUAUGGACCCCAAUGGCUUGUCAGAUCCCUACGUCAAACUGAAACUGAUUCCUGACCCCAAAAGCGAGAGCAAGCAGAAGACCAAAACCAUCAAGUGCUCCCUCAACCCGGAGUGGAAUGAGACCUUCAAAUUUCAGCUGAAAGAAUCAGACAAAGACAGAAGACUGUCUGUAGAGAUUUGGGAUUGGGAUCUAACUAGCAGGAAUGACUUCAUGGGAUCACUGUCCUUUGGGAUUUCUGAACUGCAGAAGGCUGGUGUUGAUGGCUGGUUCAAGCUGCUGAGUCAAGAAGAGGGCGAGUACUUCAACGUGCCCGUGCCACCAGAAGGAAGCGAGGGCAACGAGGAACUGCGGCAGAAAUUUGAGAGGGCCAAGAUCGGCCAGGGGACCAAGGCUCCAGAAGAGAAGACGACUAACACCAUAUCCAAGUUUGACAACAAUGGCAACAGGGACCGGAUGAAACUGACUGAUUUCAACUUCCUGAUGGUGUUGGGGAAAGGCAGCUUUGGCAAGGUGAUGCUCUCGGAGCGGAAAGGCACGGAUGAGCUGUACGCCGUGAAGAUCCUGAAGAAGGACGUGGUGAUCCAGGAUGAUGAUGUCGAGUGCACCAUGGUGGAGAAGCGAGUCCUGGCCCUGCCUGGGAAGCCCCCAUUUCUGACUCAGCUUCACUCCUGCUUCCAGACCAUGGACCGCCUGUACUUCGUGAUGGAGUAUGUGAAUGGAGGCGACCUCAUGUACCACAUCCAACAAGUUGGCCGCUUUAAGGAGCCGCAUGCCGUGUUCUAUGCUGCAGAAAUUGCCAUCGGCCUGUUCUUCCUACAGAGCAAGGGCAUCAUUUACCGUGACCUAAAACUCGAUAACGUGAUGCUGGACUCCGAGGGGCACAUCAAGAUUGCUGACUUUGGCAUGUGUAAGGAAAACAUCUGGGACGGGGUGACCACCAAGACGUUCUGUGGCACCCCAGACUACAUCGCCCCAGAGAUAAUUGCCUAUCAGCCCUAUGGGAAAUCCGUGGAUUGGUGGGCGUUUGGAGUCCUACUGUAUGAAAUGUUGGCUGGGCAGGCACCUUUUGAAGGGGAGGAUGAAGAUGAACUCUUCCAGUCCAUCAUGGAACACAAUGUGGCUUAUCCAAAGUCCAUGUCCAAGGAAGCCGUGGCUAUCUGCAAAGGGCUGAUGACCAAACACCCGGGCAAACGUCUGGGUUGCGGACCUGAAGGUGAACGUGACAUCAAAGAGCAUGCAUUUUUCCGAUACAUUGAUUGGGAGAAACUUGAGCGCAAGGAGAUUCAGCCCCCAUAUAAGCCAAAAGCUUGUGGGCGAAAUGCUGAAAACUUCGACCGAUUUUUCACUCGCCAUCCACCAGUCCUAACACCUCCCGACCAGGAAGUCAUCAGGAAUAUUGACCAAUCAGAAUUCGAAGGAUUUUCCUUUGUUAACUCUGAAUUUUUAAAAGCUGAAGUCAAGAGCUAAGUAGAUGCGUAGAUCUCCGUCCUUCAUUGCUGUCAUUCAAACUCAACGACUCUCAUGGUGACAUUCUCUUCCAUUGCAAAGUUGCAUCCAUGUUUUAUUUGCUGAUGAGACUAGAGUGACCAUAUUUCAAAACCCAAAUAUCCUCAGGUAGUUUGGAGCAUCUCUCUGAGAUUGGAUUAUGCAGAUGGCUCGUGCACACACAUGCACAGACACAAAAUUGCUGCUGCAUAAUUAACACGUUUGCAACAUCCUCCUACAAUUUAUUUCUCCAGCAUGCCCACUGAGGAGAUCCAAUAGGGAGAGGAAACGCUUGCUUGCUUCAAGCCUUCUUGUUCAGUGGCCCCAUUUUACACGCUCUCCAACCUCAAGCCAUCCAAUCUCGAUUCCUGUGACCAAAAAAGCGUAGCUCAUUGGCUGCUGGGAGGAUCCUCCUGCUUCUGGACUUGGAAUUUUUGCUUGCACCCAGGUCACAUGGUUGCUUUGGCCUUGAGGGAGCCCCUCUGUUCUGUGUGGUUUUGGAGGCUCUGUGACUUUGAAAAGAUCAGACAGAAGAGAAGAAUUUUAUUUACUUCCAAAACCCAAAGUUAAGAAGAUUAUCUAAUUCCUUUUAAAAUUCCAAGUCUGUGCUUUUAGAUAGUUUCUAUCUAAAAGUAUUGCAAGGGGCCAAAGGGCAUCCAACCCAGGUGCUGCCUCAGCACUCAGAUUUCUGAUGCUGGAUGUUCCAAAUUGCCUCACCCCCAAACUACUUCAAAAGGGCAUUUGGUUCCACUUUUUGAAAGUACAUGGUCACUCUAGAAAGGCUCCCCAAGGGCCACAAUUUUGCAUUACAUUUCAAACUUUGUUUGCUUUGGGGUUUUAUUUCUGUUGUUCAAAUGC